UCCUUCGAUGUGCAGGUACUACGCUCACGCUCACACCCGGCGACGCCACAAUCCGUUACGAACGUGGCGCCUGUCGUCGCUCAAUAAUAAAUAAUACGACGUAAAUAAAAACGAAAAAUAAAAACAAUAAAGUAAAAGUGACUGUGUUUGGGCGCCAUCUUACGCGCCAAAAGUGGUAGUGACUUUAUUCUUAUUUUUUUAAACAGAUCGUGUGUGUGUUCUGUGACUUUUCUCUGCAACUUUUCCCGGCUCUUCCUUUGGAUAUUUUUGUAACUUUUGAAAAUGGCGGCACCAGACUUACAGAAAGAGAGAGUAAAGAGGAUGUUCAGUUGGACCACAGGAGAGACCUCGCCUCCGUCGCCGAUGGGCGACGAGAAGGAGCCCAAGAUGAGCCAGAUACAGUUCUCAGCACCUUACGAAAAACAAGACAGCACGAUAUGGCAGAAGCGACAGCAGGCGGUGUGCGUGCGACAUGCGUUCAAACACUACGGCUCCAACAAACGACCCAACCACGUGCUGUCCAACCUCAACAUGACAGUCGCUAAGGGCACCAUAUACGGACUGCUGGGCGCGUCAGGUUGCGGGAAGACCACGUUGCUCUCGUGCAUCGUGGGGCGACGGAAGCUCAACAGCGGGGAGAUAUGGGUGCUGGGAGGCAAGCCAGGGACCAAAGGUUCCGGAGUACCAGGCAAGCGAGUAGGUUACAUGCCUCAGGAGAUAGCCCUCUACGGAGAGUUCACCAUCAAGGAGACGAUGAUGUACUUCGGAUGGAUCUUCGGCAUGAGCACCAGGGAGAUCCUGGAGCGGCUGCGGUUCCUACUGGAUUUCCUCGACCUGCCCAGCGAAAACCGGAUGGUCAAGAAUCUUAGCGGUGGUCAGCAACGCCGAGUAUCCUUCGCAGUGGCCCUCAUGCACGACCCAGAGCUGCUGAUCCUGGACGAGCCCACAGUGGGCGUGGACCCCUUGCUACGGCAGUCUAUCUGGACCCACCUGGUCCGCAUCACCUCAUCCGGGGACAAGACAGUCAUCAUCACCACGCAUUACAUCGAGGAGGCUCGUCAGGCGCAUUGUAUUGGUCUGAUGCGUAGCGGGCGCCUGCUGGCGGAGGAGUCGCCGCAAGCGCUGCUUACCAUGUACAGCUGUGUCUCCUUGGAAGAUGUAUUCCUCAAGCUGUCCAGGAAACAAGUGUCCAACACGCCAGGCCAAGCCAACCAGGUGGUGGAACUGAACGUGUCGGGCGGAGCCCUAGGGCUGAACAAGAUGUCCAAGCGGGAAGAGGCUCCGUACGCGGCUGAGGACGCCCAGGUGGUGGGACUCAACUUCCACCAGAGCAAGGAGGUGCUGAUCGUCGACCAUAAUGGCGCUGGAACGAAUGGGGAUGUUGGGCUACCGGGCAAAGUAACAGAAGUAGUGACGUCAGAAUGUGAAGACUGUGGAGACUGCUUCAACCUGACUUCCCGCGGCAAGAUAAAGGCGCUCAUCCAGAAGAACUUCCUGCGGAUGUGGCGCAACAUCGGCGUCAUGCUGUUCAUCUUCGUGCUGCCAGUCAUGCAGGUCAUCCUCUUCUGCCUCGCCAUCGGACGGGACCCCAGCGGGCUAAGACUGGCUAUCGUUAACAACGACGUGAAUGUUCUCGACGGCUACUGUCCUUACAAUCACUCGUGCUCAAUGAAAAAUCUCUCGUGUCGAUACUUGGAUCAUCUGAAGAACCAGUCCAUCAUCAAAGAAUACUACGCGGACCUGGAUUCAGCACUGAAUGCUGUUAAAGAAGGAGACGCGUGGGGAGCUAUUUACUUCAAUGAAAACUACACAGAUUCUUUAGUUGCUAGAUUAGCUUUGGCGGACACGGCUGACGAUGAAACCAUCGAGUCUUCCGAGGUGCAGGUGUGGCUCGACAUGUCCAACCAGCAGAUCGGCCUUAUGUUGAACAGAGACAUACAGUUUUCCUACCGAGACUUCGCCAAGGACCUCCUACAAACGUGUGACUACAACCCGAAAGUCGGCGACAUCCCCAUUGACUUCAUGGAACCCAUCUACGGCGACACUAACCCCUCGUUCACUGAUUUCGUCGCGCCUGGUGUCAUUCUUACAAUCGUGUUCUUCUUAGCGGUGGCUCUAACAUCAUCAGCUUUAAUCGUGGAGCGAACAGAAGGCCUCCUCGACCGAUCCUGGGUGGCCGGGGUCAGUCCCGGAGAGAUCCUGUUCUCGCACGUGGUCACUCAGUUCGUGGUCAUGUGUGGUCAGACCGCUCUCGUGCUGAUAUUUAUGAUCCUGGUCUUCGGGGUCAAGUGUAACGGCAAUGUAGCUUUCGUUAUCAUGUUAACUUUGAUGCAAGGUCUGUGUGGCAUGUGCUUCGGAUUCGUGAUAUCAGCCGCGUGCGAGUUGGAGCGUAACGCCAUCCAGCUGGCCCUGGGCUCCUUCUACCCAACCUUGCUGCUCAGCGGCGUCAUCUGGCCCAUCGAAGGCAUGCCCUGGAUCCUCCGCUAUGUCAGUCUAUGUCUCCCUCUGACCCUCGCCACCACCUCCCUGCGCUCCAUCCUCACCCGCGGAUGGCCCAUCACCGAUCCCGAGGUCUACAUGGGCUUUGUCUCCACCCUCGGAUGGAUCGCCAUCUUUUUAGUCGUCACCCUAACCAUCUUGAAGUUCAAGAGAGGGUAGGUAAAAAAUUUGCUCAACGAUGUAGUCAAAAUUAGGGUGGGGGCGAUAGUCUCGUAAAUUAUUGUGGUCUGUUUGUACCGGGUACGUUUUCGACAAAUAGAUUUUGGAAUCGGUAUUUGGAAAUACCGGUGUUUAAGCAGAGUCGAAUCGAUUAUCGACUGUAAAAGCGAUAUUUUCGUGUUCUUGUAAUAGUGCCAAAGUGAUAAUGUUUAAGGCACGCCGCAUCACAUUUGAAACGUUUCUUUUUUUUAUCAGACUGAACUUUUGACCGCAAUAGCAUCCUUAAACCAACGCUUAGGAUAUUUUUCUACUUAUUUUUAAGGGUCUGUCACAAAGUGGGAUUUUUGUUAUUUUAGUCAAAAUGUUGGUUUUGCUUUUUGUUUUGUACACAAGCGGACAAAAAUAUAAAAAAAAAAAUAUUCACGUUUGGACAAGAAAUAGACGCUUCGUGUUUAGAAAAGUCGAAAAAAAGGACUUAGUGAAUAGUUUAAUUUUUUUUAAUGAUUAAAGCAUGUACUUAUAAAUAUGUGUGCAGAAUCCAAUAUCCCACAGAAUAAGUAAGACAGAUCAGGCAUAUCAUUUUUGCUCAAACGGAACAAACAUUUUUUUUAUUCCUUAGUUUUAUAGAAUGACUGUUAGUCGCUUUGUAAAUAUAGAGUAUUUAUAACUAACGAGUACGACACAUACUAGCUACUUUUAGUAACUAGUACUAGUACUUAACUACUUUUAAGGUGGAUAUUUGGGAAUGUUAGCAAUAAUGAUUGGUCAAACGCUUUAUGUAAAGGGUGUUUUCAUAAUAUAUUUCUGGUAGUGGAAUUUUUUAUAUGUAAGAUGCGAAUAGACAGAUACCUGAUUGAAUGAGUUACCAUAGAGUAAGAUGGUGCCAUAGACAUAGACAGAUUUUAUAAGAAUUUCUUCAAAAAAAUGUUUAUUUUUUUACAUUACUUGUUAAUUCGACGCGCAAUCAAAACCAAGAGUACACACAGCAUGAAUGACAUUUUUGUUUUAAUAUUUUUUGACACCACUCGCGCCAUCUUGUCUUUUUAUUAAGAAAUAUUUUUAGUAAAGUUUAAAAAAAAAUGUUAUUUUAAAUCAAUAAUACGAUCAAUAAUACUUAAUUUUAUAUAGACGGGAUUUUAUAAACUAUUUGAAUGUAGAUUUAGAUCAGUGUUAGUAAUGUACAGUGUAGAAUUUGUAUUUGAAAUGUAGAACUCUAGUAGUCUUGAGAUUAGAGUAAGAUAAUGUUAGUGUGACGUGUAAAGUCUAGAUUUUUCCAUGAAGUCGGCAUCUUUGAGGUUAGCAAUAUUCUACCGACUUCUAGAACAAAUCUAGAAGUAAUGUAGUUGUAUAGUAGAAGUGUCCGACUGUGAUUAUUUUUGCUAACAUUGACAUUUUUGUAAUGACAAUUAUACAAUAAAAUAAUGUACCAAAUAAA